CUUCUGUCAGUGUCAUAAAAUGAAAUAUAAAAUUGCUACUGAAACAUAAACCGAAAUUUCUAUUUCGAUUUCAAAUCAAGCAUUUUUGGCCAAAAACCAAAUUAAAUCUCAAAUAUUACUCUCUUCAUAUGUUCCAUCUAAAUUUCUUGCAAGGAAACCAAACUAAUCAACAUUGAAGCUUGAAGCUUUAUUUUACAAAAACAUACAAACAAAACGAUUUACGUGCGUUGACAAACAAAAAUUAUGGGCGAUGAAUAUACCUGCAGGACUUGUGGGAAAACUUCUGAAUUGGAAGACAACACCGACCUGUUUCCAUUGUUUACAUCCACCGAUUAUCACAAUGAACUCAAAAUGAUUUUAUCAGAAUUUGAAAUAUGGAAUUUAAAUAUAUCUGAAAAUGACGGUUUGCCACAAAAAAUAUGCUUAACUUGUUUCGAUAGUUUUUGCCAAAUUCACAACUUCCGCGUGAUGUGCGAGGAAGCUCAAAUGAAUUUCGGCGAACUAUGCACAGGUCUGGAUAUUAUCAUCAAAAUGGAACCAGAGUCCAGUGGCAAUAUGGACAGCGAGUUCCCAGAGGACUUUGAAGGCGAACAAAUCGUGACCAUACAGGAGCACUACCAAUUUCCUCGUGACACACGCCCCAAAGUAUCGGAACCCCCCGCCGAAGAACAGAAAACAGUAGACUUGCUCGAGAAAAAACCCAUCGGCUCUGUUGCAGAAAAUAUGGACAUUGAUGAUAAAGAAAAGGCGAGACAAGAGGAGAUCGAUGAAAUGAAUGCAGAAGUUCCCGAAUUCAAACCGUACCGAUGUGAAUUCUGCAUGGAUAUCGUGAGUUUUGAUGAUCCCGAUCUCUUGAAUGAUCAUUACAACGCCUUGCACAGCACCGAAACACCGUACUUAUGCCCCAAAUGUGAUAAAUGCUUUGAUAGCAAGUUCAAGAGAAAUGUGCAUGCAAAAGCGCAUUAUCGUAUCCUGGUCGAGUGCGAUAUCUGCGGCAAAAAAGUAAGAGGAGGCAAGCCAAUGCUGGCUCAGCACAAUGAAUUACAUCACAUAGAAAUUGAUCGGGAGUGUCUAACCUGUGGUAAGAUUUUCCCCAAAGCAACCCUGAAAACGUUCAACUACCACAUGAGCUGGCAUGACGAUGCCAAGCUGCACAAGUGCAAGUAUUGCGAGAAGAAAUUCAUCCAAAUCACUCAUUUAGUUGUGCACGAGAAAUCACAUACGGGGGCUUGUGUCUAUCAAUGUUACGAAUGUGGAAUUGGUUUUGCAAAUGAAACUCUACUCAAAGAACACAAUCAGGCCAAGGGACAUUCGAAUGACGAUUUUCCAGGCGAAGUUGUUGAACAAUCCGACGUGGUUCCAAAAGUAGAUCCGAAUAAAAAGGCAAACCAGUGCGAAAUUUGUAAGAAACCCUUCCGAUCGAUGCUUAAUUUGCGUUUGCACAUGUUCAAAAAACAUGGAACAAAGCCGACAGCGUCGGUUAGGCAAUUAAUAAAGCAGAGGCAGAAUCUCGCAAUUAUCAAGCCUUUCAAGUGCAGCAAAUGUCCAGAAUCGUUUCUCAUGCACACGCAAUUAGUGAUGCAUUUGAAAUCGCACGACGAAAACAAGUCUCACAAGUGUCCAACAUGUUCGAAACCUUUCAAAAAGGAGAAGUAUCUAAAAUGUCACAUAGAUACGGUGCACCUGAAGAAGAAAGAUCACGUUUGCGGGAUAUGCGGCUGGGCAUUUGUGUAUAGACAAAGUCUUGAUGAACAUAUUGCUGUAAAGCACAGUAAUACUAAAGACUUCAUAUGUGAGAUUUGUGAAAAAGCAUUUGCAUUUGAAAAGGCAUUGAAGAAUCAUAUGCUCACACAUAAAGAAGAAAAGCCAUUUGCGUGUACGGUGUGUAGCAAAAGCUUCCGGCAAUCUUGUGCUCUAAAAGAUCGAAUUCGUUCUAUCACUGUCAUCAGUGUCAGUGUCAACUUUCGCCGACAUCUGUUGGCUAGUGUUUUGUUUUGUUUUGAUUUGGCUCUCAUCUCAGUCAGUCAUACACUUUCAAAAGCUUUGAAAAUGAGUGCUGGAGACAAGAUUUGCCGAACGUGUGGCAAAGGGACCGAUUUAAAAGACGAGACAGUUCUCUUCCCAAUCUUUAACCCACCCAAUUUUGAGUCGGAACUAAAAAUUAUAUUAGAAGAAUUUGAAACUUGGAAUUUAAACAUAGCCGAAAACGAUGGUCUGCCACAGCAAAUUUGCUUAACUUGCUUUGAUAGUUUUUGUCAAAUUCAUAAUUUCCGUGUUUUGUGUGUGGAAACCCAAAUGAAUUUCGGAGAAAUGUGUACGGGCUUGGACAUAAUUAUUAAAGAUCAAAUCUCAGACGAAGAUAGUGAUUCUCCGGAGCACUUUAAUUUCGAAGAACUAGUGAUUGUUCAAGAGCACUAUAAAUUUCCUGGUGAUGAAAUUCCAGAACUUCCAGAGCUUCCGAAACCAGAACUUCCAGAACUUCCGAAACCAUCACCGACACUAACACCAACAGACCCGGUCGACACGAUAAAGCAAGAACCUCCGGAACCGGUUAAAAAUCCAGAACCCAAAAAAAUCAUAAGGCCAAACUAUGAUCCAAGAGAAGUUAAAGAUAUUCUUCCCGAAUAUCGAGAGCAUCAAUGUGAUUAUUGUCUGGACGUUGUGUGUUUCGAUAACGAAGAACAAUUGAGCGAGCAUGUAAAUCUCAUGCAUUCAACAAGCGAGCCUUAUACGUGCCCCAAAUGUGACAAGCGUUUUGAUAAAAAAGCCAAGCGAAACAAUCAUUCUCGAAUACACUUUGCGCCAGCUACAAAUUGCCAAACAUGUGGCAGAAAAGUGAGAGGAGGCGAGAAUAUGAUGUUGCAGCACAUUGAAUAUUGUCACAUUGAAAAGGACCGUGUCUGCCCGACUUGUGGAAAAGAAUUUAAAAUGAUCUCAUUAAAGAGAUUCAAUUACCAUCUGACGUGGCAUGACGAAUCCAGGUUGCACAAAUGCAAAUUUUGUGACAAAAAGUUCAUUCAAACUACCCAUUUGGUAGUCCACGAAAGAACUCAUACCGGGGAGUCUCCAUACAAAUGCGACAAAUGUCAAAUGGCCUUCAAAAACCCAAAUCUUUUAGCCAACCACAUAAAAGGUCAUGGAGGAAAAGACAUCACAUGUCCUGAGUGUCCUAAAAGGUUUCAUCAUCGCCAUGCUUUGACAAUGCAUAUGACAGUUCAUGAUCCAAGAAGAAAACGGCCUCAUUGUGAGAUAUGCAACAUAACUUAUCGCACUGCAAUUAACUUACGUCUGCACAACUACCAAAAGCACGACGGGCCAGCAUCAGAGUCAAUACUCAACAUAUUGAGUAAACGACAAAUAAAGCACCCGGUUAUUAAGCCUUACAAAUGCAAUCUGUGUCCCGAGGCGUUCGUCCUGCACACACAAUUGGUAAAGCAUUUGAAGAUGCACACCGAGGAUAGGCCGUUCUCGUGCAAACUCUGUAUUAAGACUUUCAAGAGAGUGGCGCAUUUAAAAUUGCACAUGGAUUCGCUGCAUUUAAACAAAAAGCCAUUCAAGUGUGCUCUAUGCGGAUGGGCUUUCCCGCAGAGGAAUAAUUUAAAAGAGCACUUUGCCGCAAAGCAUGCGAAUACAAGAGACUUCAAAUGUGAUAUUUGUUCAAAGGAUUUUGCGACACCGAAGGCUCUUAGAAUACACAAGGUAACACAUUCUGAGAAGAAGCCAUUUGUGUGUACAGUCUGUAAUAGGAGUUUCAAACAAAUGUUUGUACUUAAAAAUCAUAUGAAUCGCCAUUUAAGGAAGAACGAAGCCGACAUUGAAGGUGGUGAUAUAACGGAUAUUGUAGUUCGAGAUGAAAUUGAUGAGGAAUUGUAAAUUAUUCUACUAAAUACUGAUUAAAAUGUGUAAGAAAUAGUUG